CUGGACUCGGAUAACCAGUCCUCGAUGCGACACACAACUUAUGCAUUAGUGAAAACUCGACGAGAUGUCGACGAAGACGAUGAACUCGACGAUGACGACGAUGAACGAAUGGCGCCACGUGUACUGGAAACGCGACGAGGACUGAGUCCGGAACGGGAUCCGCUCGAUCGUGACAGAAAGGUCUCCUUCAGCACCGCACCGAUACCUGUGUACUGUACACAUUCGGUGGAGGAAUACGAUCGCAAAAACGACGAUAUCGAUCCGGUGGCCAGUUGCGCUGAGUAUGAACUCGAGAGACGUCUCGAGCGUAUGGAAUUGUUUGAUGUAAUGCUUGAGAAGGGUCCUGAGGGACUCGGAGUCUCAAUUAUAGGAAUGGGCGUAGGAGCUGAUUCAGGCUUGGAAAAAUUGGGCAUAUUCGUGAAAAACAUCACACCCGGCGGAGCUGUACACAGGGAUGGUCGUGUACGAGUAUGUGAUCAGAUCGUGUCAGUCGAUGGUAAAAGUCUUGUCGGGGUUAGUCAGCUUUAUGCAGCUGAAACUUUACGGGCUACUUCAAAUCGAGUGCUAUUCACGAUUGGACGCGAACCGAAUUUGGACGAGUCUGAAGUCGCUCAACUUAUUCGUCAAUCACUGGAAGCUGACCAGUCACGUUUCGUCGGUGGUGGUCCUAGCGAAGGCGACGAAAGUCAACCCGAGGAGAGCGAAUCUGUGUCGGCCAGAAGUAUGGACGAGGCGGAGAUUCGCUCAAGAAUAGCAGCAUUGGAGUUGGAAUUGGAAAUGUCCCAGAAGAAAGCCGAUCAAAUGCAUGAUGUUUUGGACAGCACAAAAUCUCAUUAUGAUCAAUUGGAGAAGAAAUACGAUCAAGCUAAUCAGUUGCUACGGAAUUAUCAGGAGAGAGAGAAAGAGUUGCUUUCACGUGAGGAGAACCAUGUAGAGCAGUUAAGAGACAAGGACGCUCACUACACACACUUGGUUACUCAACUUAAGGAGCGUAUUGAUGAACUCGAAGCAAAACUGGAGGAGAUGGAUCAGCGAAGGCAAUCCAUCACCAAUAAUGAGCUGUCAGAACUGAAGGAAAAGCUAAAGGACAAACUGGAGAAACGCGAUGAAGGGUUGGCCUAUAAACCUGGCGGCGAACUGCCUCACGAAGAUAAAGCGGUGAUGGAAACUAUUAAGCCUACCACGAUAAACAACAAUAAUGCUGAAGUGUCAACAUGGGAUGACGACAAGUAUUCGUCGUCAUGUGGAAGUCCUAUCCCACGAAUAUCCGAACCGGCCAGUCCUGCUCUCCCACAUCGAUUCGUUCAUCGACGACUCCUGUUCCCUCUCAAAAAGAAAUACAUAACGAAUGAGAAUGAGUUCUGGCGUGCUUCCUGUGAACAAAUCCAAGGAUUGCAAGUACUUCAUUGGACUGUUGACGAUGUCUGCCAGUUGUUGGUCUCUAUGGGCUUGGAUAAAUACGUCCCCGAAUUCACUAUCAAUAAGGUCACUGGAGCGAAGUUUUUGGAAUUGGAUGGAACCAAACUGAAGACUAUGGGAAUCCAAAAUCACUCGGAUCGCUCGCUAAUCAAGAAGAAAGUGAAGAUGAUCAAGAAUCGGAUAGAACGUGAACGAAAGUUGUUAGAAAAAGAAAGUCGAACACGAGUGAUCGCUCAAGGAAUGCAUAUUCAAAUGUAG